AGGCAAAGCGAGACCGACAAACAAUAACACUUGUCGACUGCAGCCUGGCGACAGGUCUGAGCCACCUGAUACACCUUGUUAUCUCAGAGUCUCCAGCAUCUGCAGUUCCUACUAUCUUUCUCGCUCAAAUCAUGAUACUUCAGUGGGCGCGUGUCAUCACAACGCUGCUAAUUGGCGCAGUCUGUUCGAACGCCGAGGUUACAUUAACCCAACCACAAUCGAUAUCCAUCGAGCCGCAAGGCACUGUUAAAUUAAGUUGCACUGUGUCUGGCACCUCCUUGGGAAACAGUGACGUGGGAUGGUACCAGCAGAAAUCCGGGAAUACGCCUCGAUUCCUACUCUAUCAUGAUCUGACCCGCGAGGUGAGGGGUGAGGGGGUCCCCGCUCGGUUCUCUGGGAGGAGCCAAUCGUCAACUAAUGCCGCGUAUUUAACCAUCAGCGGAGUUCAAGCGGAGGAUGACGCCGACUAUUACUGUGGCAGGUAUAGCUACGGCUUCGGCGGAGGUACCAAGCUCACUGUUCUAACCCGGGAAGUGACUCGCCCUUUAGUAUCUCUUCUCCCGCCGUCACCCGAUCAGAUCUCCGCAGAAAACGAGGCGACCCUGGUGUGUUUGGUGAAUAAUUUUUUCCCCGGCUCGGUGGAGGUUUCAUGGAGUGUGGACGGCCAGACCACGGACAGUGGUGUCCAGACAUCUCGGUUGGUGCGGGGCACCGACCAGACCUACAGCGUGAGCAGUUACCUGACCCUGACGGCCUCCCAGUGGAACUCACACAAACUCUACACCUGCGGCGUUACACACGAGUCUCUCGGAUCUCAGCUCAAGCAAAGUAUCAAGAGAUCAGGCUGCGAGUGAACGAGUGAAGCCCAUCCCCUCCACCGGCGCAAACUAUCAUUCAGAACGUUCAUGUUUGAAAGCAGUGUCUCGUUAUUCGAAAUGUAUUUCUUUCUUCCCAUUUUUGCAGAAACGUUUAAUGCUUAAAUCUGGAAUUC